ACCCGAGGCACCGGUAAUGCCAUGACAACACUGCUGCCUGUGUGUCCUCAACGGUUAACGUUCUAGGCUAGUUGUCGACAAGGCAUUUCUGCUUACACUCAAAGGUUCAGAAGUUGGCCACAGAAAAGCAAGAUGUCUCGACUUCAGAAUCUGUACAGUGUUAUGAAAUAUCUGAUGAUGGUUCUAAGCUGCAUCAUACUGAUCAGUGGCUUCGUGUUGCUGGGCGUGGGCAUCUGGAUCAACAUCGGCACCAACAACUUUGUGAAGAGCAUCACGGACAUCUCCUCUCAGCUGGGCGUCAUCAGCACCAUCUGCACGGCGGCGGGCGCCGGCCUCGCACUGCUCGGCCUCGUCGGUUGCUAUGGCGCCUGGGCCGAGAAGCGCACGCUCAUCCUGUUGUACUUUGUGGUUGUGAGUUUGCUGUUCCUUGCUGAGAUUGCCAUGGCCCUUAUGGUUAUGCUCUACAAAGAUAAGGUGGAGGACGUCAUCCGCACGGCCGGUAAGGAGACCCUGCUGGAGUCCUACAAGGGCCCCACUGCCAAGGACGGCAUCUCUGUGGGCUGGAACGCCAUCAUGACGAAUUUUAAGUGCUGCGGAGUGGAGAACUCCACCCUGGACUUUGUGGGCUCCACCUUCACUAACGACACGGGGCUCCUGUAUCCAAAGACCUGCUGCGUUAACAUGGAGGACCCCAACUGCAACGGCAUGGACACCAGCCCCAGCCUGCUGCACCCGACCAGCUGUGAUGUGAAGAUUAUCGGCUUUAUUAGAAGCCAGAGUCUAAUCCUGGGCAGUACAGCUGCUGUAAUUUGUGUGCUGGAGCUUGGCUCUAUGAUGAUGUCGGCGGUGCUUUAUGUCAGACUUGGCCAUGGAGUCUACUAAAUAUGAAUGACGACCUGCAGAUCCUUCUCAUAUACAGUAUGGCUACGUGAAUAAAUCCAACAGUUCUGUGA